CCACACCCAGAAUCAGACCCAAUGCUGCCAUCCACGAACCUUCACAUAUCCUCCCCCCAACAACACGUCAAUCACCCUUCCCACGAAAGCACAAAUACAUGGUUGGACGUCUCGAGAUCUCAAGAGUUUUUGAGCUCUCUCAGCCAUUCUCCAUCCUACUUCAACCCCCCUUCCCGACCAAACCCGAGCACACCGACUCCGUUCGAACCCUUCAAUAUCGCCGUCUCUCUCCCCAUCCGGACGAGACAAAUAAGCGAACAACCACGCACCGACCCAGAACCACCAGCACCAGCACCACCACAGAACAUAGCACAAGAUGCCGGUGUCGCAAGCCAAAGACGAACCCUCGCUAACAACACUCCUGGAAGGCCUCUUCUCCCCGGAGACCCUCGACUUCAUCCACAAGACGACCCUCCACCCGCACUCCCCCGUCCAGAUCUUCAAGCGCCACAGCGCCGUCUACCUGCAGAAGAUCCUCACCGUAGCCUACGUCUUCUUCGCGCCCAUCAUCGACGCCAUGUUCGCCGUCCUGUCGCGGUCGCCCGAGCUCGCCUCCCUCGCCGUGUUCGCUUUCUCGUUGGCCGCCGCCUGGGUCGUGCUGGGCUGGAUCCGCCGCCUCGCCGCCUUCGCGACGCGGCUCGUCCUGCGCGCCGUGUUCUGGUCGUUCGUCAUCGCCCUCGCGUCCGUCGUGGUUAGGAACGGCUUCUACGAGACCUUCAAGGACGUCGUCGUUUUCGGCGGGAAGGUCGUCGGCUUCCUCGCUGUUGCGAAGGACGUUUGGCUCCGCGAAUUUAGGAGGUAUGAGGAGGAGGCUAAGGUACAGGGACGGAGGUGAGGAUACGAACACGAUGAAGAACGAAUUCCCGCGGAGUCCCCGGUGGCUGGGCUCGACCAACACGAUUUUGGGGCUUCGUCUUUUUUGUUUCUUUUUUUCUUUUUUUCUUUUUUACACUUUUGAGAAGGGAUAGCCAGCAGCAUGUUCACAGUGGAAGUAUACUGUAUGAAAUAGGGCUCGGUUUCGGGGCCAGUAAACUACAGGGAUGGAAAAGCAAACUGACAAAGAUUGGAUGGUUGGCAGAGGUGCAUUACUUCCCGCAACACGGGGGGUCUAAAGGAGUGACGCGAUGCACUAAAGCAUGCGGUCGGAUUCCGGACUCAACGGCAUUGGACUGUUGAAGAGCUUGGGUCUACAGGCCCUGUGCCGCGAAAUACAACUAGCUACGGACGACGUGAUACGGGAACAUGAGCAAAUCUCAUUGAAAAGACGUGAUGGUAU